GUAUUUGGGGGCCAAGUGCUUCCAAUCCCUCUCCCGCUCACCAAAUCCAAUAACCCAGAAUCAUCUUCCUCCAUAAACCCUAACCAGAAACCCCCAGAAAAUCAGAAAACCUUUCUGUGCAAAGAAAGCAGCUUUUCCCGAAUCCAACGAUCAUCUCGGGAUUUCAAACACGCCCUGACCGUUGAUUUUGGCCGAGGGUAGCUCCAUCACCGGAUUCAGCUUCUUCACUGCAAUUUUGUGAGUGUGCAUGGUAUUUUGGUGGUUCUGGUGGCUUAAGUUAGUGAUUGGUUUUCUGUAAUUUGGUACUUGGUGGUGAUGUUAUUUCGAUAUAUGUGAAGAACAGUAGAGGCUAUGGAGCGUUUAAAAGUCAUGGAUAAUGAUGUUAAGUCGUGCAAUGGUGGGAUGGAGAGUUUAGAGGUCAUGCGUAAUGGUUUUGAAUCAUGCAAUGGUCAGCAUAAUUAUAGUGUGAAAGAAAGUGAGAAUCCAGAUGUUGAUCUUCUUGAGGAUUUGGACUCCUACAUGGAAGAUAUCAACGAACGGUUGACCAUAUCAAGGAUGGUGAGUGACUCGGUCAUCAAGGGUAUGGUGAAUGCAGUAACAGAAGAGGCAGCUGAGAAAAUUGCUCAGAAAGAACAAGAGGUGAUUAAAUUGAAGGAAAUGUUACAUAUUUAUCACGUGGGUGUUGAUGAGAACGAAUUCUCGGGGUCUUUAGUAAUGCUCCGAGAGUCAAGAGGUACCCAACACGGACUUACUCAUAUGGGUAGCAAAGAUCGAAUGCAGCAGCCUACUUCCCUUGAAGCUGUUGCUGGGCAUGAUAGAAUAGCAGAAACUUUGGUCCACUUAAGAGGGACUACUAAUGAGGAAUUCAAGAAGCUCAAAAAAGAAAUUGAUAGCAUAAGAGGGCGUAAUUCAAUGAAGAGGAUUUGUUCCAGUUCUGGUUUGGGUGACAUACUGCAAGAUAAAGUAUCUGACAGGUGGGAUGUGGAUAGAACCUUGGAUAGUCUAAAGACUACAAUAGAAAAUGUCUAUCAACAGGUGGAAGAAAUGGUUCACUUGUCAAAGGCAUCAGUAUAUGAGUGGCAGGUGGAGCAGGAGUUUAAAGAAAAAAUUGAAGGAGAAAUUGAAGCGCUUGUGAUGAGGAAUUGUAUUUGGAGCGUUGAAGAAAACAUGCGGGAUUGCUUUUAUGGUGCAAAAAAUGUGAACUGGGAUGGAAGGAUCAAAGGGAUAUCAAGUAUACGUGAUGAAUUAGAUGCUAUUUCUAAAUCACUAUCUGUCUCUGACAAUGGGCAGCUAUCUUCUCAUGGAUCCUUGGAAGGUGAAGAAGAGAGUAGCAAUGGUAAAAAGGGUGCCGGUUCUUACCGCGAGGUAUUGAACAAUCUUAAAUCAGCAUCAUCAUUACCAUCAGCAAUAACAACAACAGCAACAACACUAUCACCAUCAGCAUCAUCAUCUUCGUCUCUUUGGGAAGAAAAUGGUAUACAUGAUGAGUUAGAAAUAAAUAUGAAAGAACAUUUGGAUCCUGCCUUGCUUACGCAUAUGUCAAAAGAUGAAUUGAUAAGCCACUGUAAGAAUGAGAUUACUAAAUUGAAGAGAGACCAUGAGUUAAAAAUACGAGAUCUGACCGAGCAGCAUUUCAGCCACAGGAGGGAAUUGCUGAGAGAAAGGAGACCCUCUCUAACAUUAAAGAAGAAUAAGGAGUUGGAUAUGUUGAGAAAGAGAAUCUCUGAGGUGAUUUCUAAAGUAGAUGAAAUUCUUGUAGAAAAGGGGGAAGUAGCUAUAUUGCUUCCUCAUACAUUUGGCAGCAAUGAAGAAAGUCUCAGCAGCUUGAAAGAUAGAGUGGAAUCACUCCUCUCAGAAAACCACCAACUCAGAGAUUUGCUUGAGGAUAAGAAGAGAGAAAUUAAGUGCCUUUCACUACAAGUUUCUGAAGCUGCAGAGAACCUGUCACAACACUCUCUGGCUGAGGCAAAGUUAUCGAAAACAGCUGGAAUUAUUAAAGCAGCUAUGGAAGAUGCGCGUAUUGAAGCUUUAAUUGGUGAAGAUUUAUUUGCUGUUAUUGUCAAGGAAGUGGUGGAUGAGAUUAAAUGUAUUGCUGAAGAGUCACAGGUGGAGAAUAGUAUUAUGCAUGAAAUUUACAAAAGCAAAUUCAAAGAAGCUUUUCAUGAAGCUGAACCUGCUACCAGAUGUGAAUUGGAAGAUUUGAAUAUGGAGUUCAUCAUCACACAAGAACUAUGUGGUGUUAUAUUCAAAGAUGCUUUGAAGAAUGCUGAGGAGAAACUCAAUGAACUGAACAUUAAAUAUAUCGAGGAAUGUGAACUUCGGGUUUUGCAGGAGAUGGACAAACGAGAAAAGAAAAAACAAUUAGAAGUGGAGGUUGCAAACAAAGUGAGAUUACAGCAAGAAGUACUUUUUCUGGGAGAAGAAAGGGAGCAGUUGGCACGAGAUGCAGCAGCUGCAUUGGCAAACGAAAAAGAAAGAUAUGAAUUAGCUGCUCAAGAGGUUGAAAAUUUAAGGGGUGAGAUGUGUCAACAUCAGAAAUUGAUUUCAGAAAGCGUUGAAGAGUCAAAUGCUGCAAAGCGUGAUUUGGUUGAAGCGUUGGAGCAAAAUGAAAGACACAAGGCAGACAUAUGUAAAUUAGAACAAAAACUUGAAGCAGCAGUGAAAGAGUUGAGGCAAGUUGAGGAAGAUAGAAGGAGGCUUCUUGAUGUCGACCAAGAGAAGCAGAAUGCUGUAUCUCUGUUCGAAGCAAAAGAAAGGGAGCUUAGUGAACAAUUUGAAUCAAUAGCUGUCUAUGUCAGUGGAUUAUUGAAAGCGUUUGCUGAUUUCGAAUGUAGAGUGACACGAGAUAUUUCAGGAAAAUGUUCGAGGUUGAAAAGUUUGACUUCUCAAUCACAUUUGCUUAAACAAAAAGCUGAUGUACUUGUAAGACGAGGAUUGCUGUACAAGCAGAGAUUUGAAAAGAAAUGUUCUGACCUUGAGAAAGCUGAAGCUGAGGUUGAUCUUUUGGGGGAUGAGGUGGACACUCUGUUGAAUCUUGUUGAAAAAAUAUACAUUGCCCUUGAUCAUUAUUCACCAAUAUUGCAGCAUUAUCCUGGAAUAACUGAGAUCUUGAAGCUGGUAAGAAGGGAAUUAAGUGCAGAAAUUAGAUCUGUUUGAUCUGCCCUUUGACUUGAAGCAAAUGCUAAGGAAAUGCUUGAAAGAGCUGGAGUCUGAUGAGAACUAUAAUUCCUAUAUGUGAUGCCAAACCUUUUGCAGAAGCAAAUUUGCUGAAGAGAAAGGGAUGCAAAUAGUUGCUACCAGUACUGGCAGUGCACUUGGUGAGCUUGGUUUAGGUGAAAUAUAAUCUUCUUUACAGUCCUUUUUGUCUAGUUGCCGAGGUCAAACCCUCGUCUGUUGUAAAGCACAAGUUCUCCUCUUCCAUACCCUAGGAAUUUUUGUUUCAAGUUUCACCUGUUUCGUAUAGGUUUAUGGUCUGUUUUGUACAUGUGCCAGUCUGCCAGCUCAAUAGAUAUUUUGGCUUUUUACAUAGCA